GGACACAUACUCUGAGUACUGGAUCGUCACGAUGUUCGUGUCGUCGUUGGUGUCCCCAUGGGCGCUUCUACUUCUACCCAUAAUCUACUACAUCCUUCCAUACCUACGAAACUGGGCUCUCUUAAAGGUUCCCGGACCAUUACCAGCCGCGCUGUCCAACCUAUGGCUCAUGUACCAGUGCCGCCGAGGGCGACGGUACCAGGCUGUGGACGACCUCCACAAGACAUACGGCAAAGUCGUCCGGAUACAGCCCAACCAUGUGUCGAUUGCAGACGACUCGGUCAUCAACACCAUCUAUGGUCACGGCAAUGGAUUUCUGAAGAGGCAAUACUACGACGCAUUUGUUUCGAUUCGUCGCGGCCUCUUCAACACACGAGACCGGGCCGAACACACUCGCAAACGCAAGGUCGUCAGCCACACCUUCUCGGCCAAGUCCAUCGGCCAGUUCGAACAGUACAUCCACGCCAACCUGGAACUGUUUGUCCAGAAGUGGAACAAGCUCUCCGACACGCGCGCCAACCCGAGCACGGGGUACGCGUCGAUCGAUGCCCUGCACUGGUUCAACUACCUCGCCUUCGACAUCAUCGGCGACCUGGCGUUCGGGCAGCCGUUCGGCAUGCUCGAGCGGGAGAAGGACUACGCCGAGAUCAGAAAGUCCCCCGACGCCCCUCCCACGUCGGCCCCGGCCAUCGAGGUGCUCAACCGCCGAGGGGAGGUGUCCGGGACCCUCGGUUGUCUGCCCCAGCUGAAGCCCUGGGCCAAGUACAUGCCGGACCCGUUCUUCAGCAAAGGUGUCGAGGCGGUGGAAAACCUGGCCGGCAUCGCCAUCGCCCGGGUCAAGCAGCGGUUGGACAACCCGACCACGGACCGAGUCGACCUCUUGGCGCGGUUGAUGGAGGGCAAGGACGCGAAGGGAGAGAGGCUGGGCCGGGAGGAGCUCACGGCGGAAGCCCUCACCCAACUCAUCGCCGGCUCGGACACGACCAGCAACACGGCCUGCGCGCUCCUGUACUACGUCGUCCGCACCCCCGGGGUGCUCGAGGCCCUCCGGGAGGAACUCGACGCGGCCAUCCCCCCCGGGGUCCCCAGCUACGACUCCGUCAAGGACCUGGAGUACGUCCAGUGGGUCAUCAACGAGACCAUGCGCAUCCACAGCACCUCCUCCCUGGGGCUGCCCCGCCUGGUGCCGGGGGCCACGCCCGAGAACCCCAACCCGACCGGGGUCGACAUCCUGGGCUACCACUUCCCCCCCGGCACCGCCCUGAGCGUCCCCAGCUACACCAUCCACCACAGCAAGGAGAUCUGGGGCCCCGACGCCGACGACUUCGUGCCCGGGCGGUGGUCGGAGAAGAGGCUGACCCCCCGGCAAAAGGACGCCUUCAUCCCCUUCAGCACCGGACCCCGAGCCUGCGUGGGCCGCAACGUCGCCGAGAUGGAACUCAAGUGCAUGGUGGCGACCGUCUUCAAGAACUUUGAGUUCCGCGACGAACACCCUGGACCCAUGGAGACGAGGGAAGGGUUUUUGAGGAAACCUUUGGGGUUCAACGUCGGUUUGAGGAGAAGAAGAGUGUAA